AUGGAGCAAGGAGCCCAAAUUGAAGGGAGAGAAAUGAACGAUAUCGUGCAGCCAGAUCUGUACUCCCCGUAUCAAGCCUCUCCGUGCAGAUACGAAUAUGGAGCGGAGGAGUGGGUUAGGAGGGACGUUCCCUGUUUUCACCCCCGCUCGGUUGGCACGGGCAGGCCCGAGUCGAUAGGAACCCCCCCAAAAAAACAAGCCAUAUGUCUUCUCGACGCAGUGCUUUUGCUCGGAGUCGAACCAAGCAAGAGCGGUAAAGCAUAUAGAUGUAAGAGUAAGGACCUCCCACAGAUUCAGAACAAGAUUAUUACUACGCUAGAACUUGGCACACACGCCCUUCCACUCCGUGUCGCACACUGCCCUCCUCGCUCGAAGCGCAGAGACAGUUUAAUUCCACGCUUUUCGUCAUCAGCGCUCUUCAAAUGUCGGCAACAGAAUAUCCUCCUGGCUGCGUAUGAGGAAAGACCGACCGCCAAGUUGAAUCGUCGAGACACACUAGCCCUUUCCGACCCCAAAACCCCAAUACCUUUCGUGGUGUAUUGGUUGUUAGCACCUGGCAACAGAAGCUGGGUUCGAAUCCCAGACUCCCACCGUGACGAAUCCAGAUUCCAGGCAGCUCUCUCAAGCACUGGCUCGGGAGCUAUACUUAUCCUUCUCAUCCAGACGCUCAUGAUUCAGAAUACAAAAAAUGAACUUUUAUUGAGCCUAUACAGUGAACAUGGCACCUCCAAACGCAAACACCAAACCAACGUGAAUGAGUCUGUUUUAUUGCCCCUUGCACUCAAAAGGGAUAGAGGCAAGUUAUCCCUCUCGCCAUUUAGCUGGGUUUCUAGAUCUCAGCGUUCGUAUCCACCGGCAAGUCGUGGAGGACGAAAGAGAAGAGUCGGGGACACCCAUUGGCUGAGAGUCGAUGAGGCGGUAAUCGGGAAUGAGGGCAAAGAAUCUGCGGGUGGCGAAGAGGGAGCCGAAGUCGUGAUCGAUUCGGAUAAUGGACUGUGUUGA